AUGAAGAAGUCUACAUGGAAGUUCCUAAAUGAAGAAGUCUACAUGGAGGUUCCUCAGGGCCUGACUGUAGAUAAUUCAGAAUUGGUUUGCAAGCUAAAUAAGUCACUUUAUGGGCUGAAACAAGCCAGUAGGCAAUGGUAUGCUAAGCUCACUGAAGCCUUAUGUUCAAGAGGUUAUGCACACUCUAUGUAUGACUACUCUUUAUUUUACAAGAAAACAGAAAACUCAACUGUCUAUAUAGCAGUGUAUAUAGAUGACAUUGUGGUGACAGGCACUGACAUAAAGGAGAUUGAAGACUUGAAAGCUUUUCUGAAUGACAACUUCAAGAUAAAAGAUCUAGCCAGGUUGCACUAUUUUCUGGGACUAGAAGUUCUUUACAAAGUUGAUGGUGCGAUAAUAUCUCAGAGGAAGUUCACUCUUAACUUGCUCAAAGAAUAUCAGUGCAUGGAUUAUAACAGCUUUACUUCACCACUAGAUCUAACAGUCAAACUCAGGGCAAAAGAAGGAGAGGUUCUGACUGAUCCUACCUACUAUAGGAAACUACUAGGGAAGCUUAACUUCCUCACAAAUACUAGAUUGGAUAUAGCCUACAUUGUACAAAAUCUUAGCCAAUUCAUGGAUGACCCCAGACAGCCUCACUUGAAAGCAGCCUUUCAUCUACUUAGAUAUUUGAAGGGGGACCCAACUCUAGGGAUAUUCAUGUCCAAAGAUGCAGAUUAUACUAUCAAGGCCUACUGUAACUCUGACUGGGCAGCAUAA